AUGGAUUUCGGCAAAUUACUUUAUUCUCUCUUCCGAUUCACAGGUGAUAUCGUACAUCUGUACACCAUGAUCAUUCUGUUCAAGAAAAUACGUGAGACCAAGUCGGUGAGUGGCCUUAGCCUGAAAACGCAGUUUUUGUAUCUCGUCGUGUUUAUGGCGCGGUACUUAGAUCUGUUCCAUUUUUGGUUCAGCUCCCUUCUUGAUGUGUACAAUUUCAUAAUGAAGGUCGUUUACAUUUCCUUGCAAUCUCUGCUCAUCUACAUGAUACGUUACAAGUACUUCUACUCAUAUGAUGUGUUCUUGGACACCUUCAAUGUGUACAACCUUGUGGUGCCGUGUGCCGUGCUCUCGGUGUUUCUCAAGACGAGCACGUACGGUCUGACAGACUACUUCGUUGAGUUCCUGUAUACCUUCUCGAUUCUGCUGGAGAGUGUUGCCAUUCUUCCACAGCUUAUACAGCUGCAGGAGAGCGGAGAGGCCGAGACCCUUACCUCACAGUAUAUUUUCUUCCUCGGUCUGUACAGACUGUUCUAUGUCAUGAACUGGAUCGUUAAACUGUGCUUUGGUUUCCGUGUUAAUCACCUGCUCCUUGCCACGGGUGUAAUACAAACCCUGCUCUACGCAGAUUUCUUCGUUAUUUAUUACAAAUACGUCUUCAUGAAGAAGGGAAAUGAGCGGCUACCAAAGACAAGUAAGUAAAGCAUUUUAAGAA